AUGGCAAAGCAGUACGACGUUCUGUUCAGACUGCUGAUGCUCGGGGAUUCGGGAGUGGGAAAGACCUCCAUGCUCCGCAGGUUCACGGAGAGUGAAUUUGAGUCGUCACAUAUUUCCACAAUUGGGGUUGACUUUAAGAUGAAAACGUUGACUAUUGAUGGACUUAAAGUACGAGUGCAGAUAUGGGACACAGCUGGUCAAGAACGCUAUAAGACCAUAACGAAACAGUACUACAGACGUGCACAGGGUAUCAUUUUUGUCUAUGACGUUACAAACCAGUCUUCUUUUCAGAACAUUUCAAAUUGGGUUGGUGAUGUAGAUGAGUUUACGCCACAUCAAGUACAAAGAAUAUUGGUAGGAAACAAGUCUGAUGAGCAACCGGAGCGCCAAGUGCCUUCGGAACUUGGAAUGAAGCUUGCCACGUCUUACGGAAUGGACUUUUUUGAAACCAGUGCAUCCACUAACCAUAACGUAGAUGAGUCGUUCACUCGAGUUGCAGAACUGGUGUUGCAAGCCCACAAGUCAGACAUCGACAACUUGAUAGGAUCGCUGGAUGAGUAUUUGGAUAAAGUGGCUUUGGGAGAGGAGGCGCCCAGCCCAGAGAACGACAGCAGCUCUCAGCAGACAUGCACAACCGCCCGGGACUUCAGCGAGCUCAACCAGCUUCAAGCCAAGUACCCCCAUCGACUGGUGGUCCUGGGCUUCCCGUGCAACCAGUUUGGAUACCAGGAGAAUUGUACAAAUCCAGAAAUCCUAAAUUGCCUCCAGCAUGUGCGUCCUGGAAGUGGCUUUAAACCCAACUUCACCAUCUUUGAGAAAUGCGAAGUCAAUGGAUCGAAUACACACCCAGUCUUUGCCUACCUGAAAAACAAGCUCCCAUAUCCUGACGAUGACCCGAGUUCACUCGUCCAAGACCCCAAAUUUCUGGUCUGGAGUCCCAUCUGCAGGACAGACAUCUCUUGGAAUUUUGAGAAGUUUCUGAUUGGACCGGAGGGAGAGCCCUUCAAAAGAUACAGCAAGAUGUUUCCAACCAUCAACAUAGAGCCAGACAUCCAAAGACUGCUGAGAUUAACCAAGAAUAACUAA